AUGAAAUUGGAGGAAUCGGAUGGUCCUUGCACACUAAAGAAUGGGAUCCGUAAACUUCAAGGAGACUCUUCAAUCAAGCCAACAAACUCUUCUUUGGAGGCAGAAGCAGUUGCCUUGUCAAUAGCUGUGCAGCAGAUGAAAACACUGGGAUAUGAUCAAGUUGCUUUCAUUGGGGACUGUAAGCCAAUCAUUGAUGAGUCAAAAUCAGUAUUGCACUGA